UCUGAUAGCUCAGUUCUAUCAUUGCAUCAUUAAAAGAAAAAGUUUAAAAAAAGCAGACGGGCCUGAAAAAUGGCCUACAGAACAACCCGGCCUACAUACUAUAAGCCCAAUCCAGACCCAGUUUUAUAUGUAGGUGAUUCAAUCUGAUCCACCAGUCAACUGUCCCCUCUCCACCGCAAUUUUGAAUUUUGAAUCUCUUUGCCAUGAGCACAAGCCAGGAAUCCAAAUCCAAACAAACCCUAAUCUUCACGUACGGCACGCUCAAGCGAGGCUUCGCCAACCAUUAUCUCAUGCAGGAUCUGAUGAACGAAAACGCUGCAGUUUUUCUGGGUCCCUACAUCACCUACCAACCUUACCCGCUUGUCUGCGGUCCUUACAACAUCCCUUAUCUCAUCCAUCUCUCCGGGUCAGGAAACCGAGUGAAGGGCGAGCUGUACUCAGUGUCGAUGGAGGGACUUGCUCGACUCGACGAGCUGGAGGGCACAAAGAUUGGCCAUUAUGACAGGCUCCCAGUUGAAAUCCAGAGUGAAGAGGGUGAGGGUUUGGUGAAGGCAGAAGCGUAUUUUGCGAAUAAGAGUUAUGGGGAGAGAUUGUGGGUGAAGAAAGGGAAGGUGGGGAUGAAUGAAUAUAAUAUGACAGAUGGGAAACUGUACGUGAAGCCAGGCGAUAGGGCUAAGGGCAGAAGGAUUGUUGAUGAUAUUGAGUUGUUUUUGUCUUCUAUCCAACGACUUGAUCAACCGUUUGGUUAACUGUAGGAACCUGAGUUAUGCUUACAGUCUAGAAAUGAAAUAAAUUAUCGUCAUUGAUUUG